CAAAUAUCGAACGACGAAUACAACACUGGAAAAAAGUGCUGCCAAGUCGUGCGCAAUCGACGGUGGCCAUCUUCCUUUCUAAAGAAUCGCGUUCGCACAGCAGACGUGUUUAAAACCUUUUCAAGUGUUUUAAAAGCUCCGCCAAUAUGUCGACUGGUACAACUGCCACAAUCCGCACCCGCAAGUUCAUGACGAACCGUCUGCUUGCCCGCAAACAAAUGGUGUGUGAUGUGCUCCACCCCGGCCUCUCGUCGGUCAACAAGACGGAGAUUCGUGAGAAGCUCGCUGCCAUGUACAAGGUGACCCCCGAUGUUGUGUUCGCCUUCGGUUUCCGCACAAACUUCGGCGGUGGCCGUUCCACAGGCUUUGCCCUCAUCUACGACACCCUGGACUUUGCCAAGAAGUUCGAGCCCAAAUACCGUUUGGCCCGUCAUGGUCUCUUCGAGCAGAAGAAGCAGACACGCAAGCAGCGCAAGGAACGUCGCAACAGAAUGAAGAAGGUCCGUGGUACCGCCAAGGCCAAGAUUGGUACUGGCAAGAAGUAAAUGAAGCCCUACUAGAGAAAUCCAGAUUGUGUGUGUGUGUUGCUGGUGGCGCGCACCAACAAUUCCAAAAGCUACUGGUUUAUGUGCUACGUUUUUUUGCUUUUAUAAAUUAAACGACAACACACAAAUCGGUUGUUUACUUUUGGAGCGGCUUUUGUUUUGAUAUGCUUAAGAAAAUAAAACUCUAAAAGUAAAUGUA